CUUGAGAUGCCCUCACGCGGUCACGCCGAUACGGAACUCGGAAAGAUUCUGUGGAGAGGAGCAGAAUGCAGGACGCAUGCUCGUAGAACUUUUCCCAAUUUCUGCCAAAAUACAUGAUACUCACCAUUACGCAGGCCUCCAAAUCGAAUCCCUUUCCGAUCCAACAUUUCCCCACCCACUUCCGCCUGCCUCCCACCAUGGAUUGCGCCGGCGGUUCGUCGUCGCCGGCGCACUCCAGCAUUCACGGCCGCGGCAGGAAGGAGUCUUCCGUCGUCGUCCUCCACCAGGGCUCGGGCCGGUGGUUUGUCGCUGCCGCCCGCAUUCACCGCCGCUAGAGGAGGGAGCGCGACCUCCUAGGCGGCGGCAAUGCGGCGCUUCCGCCCCCGCUCCCCUUCUCUCUAUGACCCCGUCCCCUCACCCGGCUAUCAGCUGCUGGACGAAUUCAAGGAUCGUCUGUGCUCGGAGACGCUCAGUCCGGAGCUUGCGCACCAACUGUUCGGCAAAUUGCUUCGUCAACCCGUCAAGGUACCAGAACGCGCGCUCAACGGCUUUUUCGCCGCCCUCGCGCGUGCCCCGCCCUCCAUCGCCUGCCCCGAUGGCCCUGCCCUCGCCAUCGCUCUCUUCAAACAAAUGGCCGAAGCAGGCCAACGUCCAGUGACCGCACCCACCAUUCACACAUACAACAUACUGAUUGAUUGCUGCCACCGUGCGCUCCGCUCGGGCCUAGGGCCUGCCUUCUUCGGGCACCUCCUCAAGACAGGCAUCACCGCGGACGUCAUCACUUUCAACAAUUUAUUCAAGUGCCUCGGUGACAUGAAGAGGACGGAGGAGGCUCUGGACGUGCUGCUGCACAGGAUGCCUAACGAUCUGCCUGAUGUCAUAUCCUACUCAAUAAUUCUCAAGAGCUUCUGUGAUGAUGGGAAGAGCCAGCGUGCGCUUGACCUGCUCCGGAUGAUGAGAAAAAAAGGAUCUAACCACUCUCCCAACGUGGUUUCGUACAACACGGUAAUUGGUGGCUUCUUGAAGGAGGGUGAAAUAAGCAAAGCUUUGGAUCUAUUCCAUGACAUGAGACAGCAGGGGGUUGUGCCUGAUGUGGUGACAUAUAAUUCCAUUAUUGAUGGGCAGUGCAAAGCAAGAGCAAUGGACAAGGCAGAGGGGUUCCUUCGGCAAAUGGUCGAUAAUGGUGUUCGGCUGAAUACCGUGACAUAUAAUAGCCUGAUCCAUGGAUAUUCCACUUCGGGCCAGUUGGAAGAAGUCGCUAGGUUGUUGGAAGAAAUGAAAACUCAAGGUAUCAUGUGGGACGUUUUUACUUGCAACUCAUUCAUGGACUAUCUUUGCAAGACCGGAAGAAUCAAAGAAGCUGCAGAAUUAUUUUAUUCCAUGGCUGAGAAGGGCCAUAAACCCGAUGUUGUCUCAUACGGGAUUAUUCUUCAUGGUUAUGCUACAGAAGGAUCCCUUGUUGAUAUGAAUGAUUUUCGUGAGCAGAUGGUACGAGACGGAGUUGUACCCAGUCUCAGUGUUUACAACAUACUGAUUGGUGCAUAUGCUAAGUGCGGAAAGAUGGACACAGCAAUGCUUGUCUUCGAAGAUAUGUUGAAGCAUGGUGUGAACCCUGAUCAGGUCACAUAUUUAAUUGUGAUAGCUGCAUUUUGCAGAAUGGGCAGGAUGGAUGAUGCCAUGGACAAAUUCAGUGAGAUGAUUGAUAUGGGAGUACCACAUGACAGUAAUGUUUAUGAGUGCAUGAUCAAGGGUUACUUUAGACAAGAUGAUUUGGUGCAAGCCAACAAAUUGUUUACCGAAAUGAAGAACAAGGGUAUUCGUCAAAGGCCGUAGAAGGGUAAUGAAAGAAGACACAAUAUGUUUGACUUGGUUAUUGGUACUGGUAUGGCCUGAUCCUGUUACACAAAUUUCAAUGACCUGUGGUAUUACCUGGCGCCGCGCUAGUGUUAUUACUCAGCACUUGUUACUUAGCAUGGUUAUGCUCUCAUAUCUUGUAGUUGGAUAGGUUUCUCUAGUUGCUCUGAUAUCUCAUUUGGUAUGAAGCCAAAUGUGCUGUUAUUCUGGUUUCUCUUGUACUUGAAUUCGAGAAGUGUGAAUUUGUUCGUUUCUGUUUACUUGUAGUUGGAUAGGUUGUCUAGUUCGAAUUUUCUUUAGGCACAUAGUGGUCUGGCUGAUUAGGUGUUGCAUUUAUGAUUUCUGUGUCCAAGAGUGCUUCAUACUUCAUAUAUGAUGGACAACAAGGGCUUUGGGUGAGCCUUGCUAUGUUUGAUAA